AUGGAAAAGCAAAAGUUUCCUCUAAAAAGUUUCCAACUAGCUCAAGCAUUGUGCUCAUGUGAUGGCUUGGUGCUUUUGAAGAACCCUUUGGCCGACAAACAAUAUGUUUUGUGGAAUCCAUCUACUGGAAAUUAUCGAGCUCUUUCAUGUCCUGAUAAUCAUUUGUAUUACAAUGACGAACCUCGUAAUGUGAGCGCUUAUGGAUUGUGCUAUGAAUCUAGUGUCGGUGAUUACAAGGUUAUAUUGAUAUACGACUUAUUUUAUGCUGUCUACUCUUUGAUUAACGGUUCUUGGACAACAAAAACAAGUUUCCCUUGUCCAGUAUUAGCAGUAGGAGGUAAUUGUGGCUCUUCGGGAAUUAGCACUGAAGGUUGUGUAUUUUGGUCUCUGAAUAGGCGAAAACCAUUUAUAGAUAAAGCUUCUACAAUCAUAUGCUUUGACGUAAAGUCAAAUGAAGUGGAAAAGCUUCCAACACCUGAUCUUGUGGGUGAGAAGGACUUCUUUCGUUUGACUAGUUUGAAAGGUUGUCUUAGGUUAUAUGGCAGAAUUGAAAAGAAACAAUUGGACAUAUGGAUUAUGGAACAAGAUGGAAACUGGAAAUGGUUAAUGAACGUAUGCAACUUGCCCACUAUUUGCAAAACGUUUGUAGAAGGUAGAAAGUUGUUGUGUUGCACAGGAAAUGGUGAAGUUAUAUUUGAAGGAUGGCAAUGUCUUCUUAUCUAUAAUCCAAGGAAACAAUUGCUUAGGGCAAUUCAAAAAUCCAAAAUAGCUAAACUAGCUUUAAUAUGUUUGGAUAGUUUAUAUUUUUCGAGUCUCAAUAUCAAGUGCAAGAGGAAGCAAUCGACGAUCCCCCUAACAACACGAAGGCCAAAAGUCCAAAAGAAGUAA